GAUUUCUUGUGGGCGGCGUCUGUAGGAGGAAGAAGCUCCGUGUGUUCCUAUCGUGAUGACAGAAACCGACGGUACCGGCAUAUGAGUCGCUCUGUUCCCUGCACAUACCAAACCGGACUGGACCUUCACUACAUAUUCAAAUAAAAACCUCCAGACCCCCAGAUUACGUAAUAUACAUAGUGAAUACUUAUAGAUUCAGUAACUUUAAUGUCGGGCGUUAAUACACAGAUCAAUCAUAUGAUGGAGACGGAGAUCCAUGUGCCGGUGGGGUCACCGGCGAUCAGAAAAUUUCCGAUAUUCGUGGACGAGCACAAUGUGACGGAGGGGGCGAUGAAGCUGAUCAAAGAGCUCAGACCGCGCUGGGACCCGAACCUGAUCCGGACUAAGCUUUUCACCGAUGGCACAACUAACAAACUGGUGGGGUGUUAUGUGGAGGACUGCCUCGAGGAUGUGGUGCUAGUAAGGGUGUACGGCAACAAGACAGAGCUGAUUGUGGACCGAGACAAUGAACUGAAGAGCUUCCAGGUUCUGCACGCCAACGGUUGCGCUCCCCGACUUUACUGCACCUUCCAGAAUGGCAUCUGCUACGAGUUCAUGGAAGGACGUGCUCUGGAUACUCAAGACGUCAGGGACCCUGUGUUACUCAGACUGAUCGCAGGUGAAAUGGCUCGCAUUCACGCCAUCCACGCACACAAUGGCUGCGUCCCCAAACCCAACCUAUGGAUCAAAAUGCGCAAGUACUUCUCGCUGGUGGCCACUGAGUUCACAGACCAAGCAUCUAAUGUCAGAAUUCAGCAGGAAGUGCCCAGCCAGGAAGUUUUAGAACAAGAAAUGAUGUGGAUGAAGGAACACCUGUCGCAGCUGGGUUCUCCUGUAGUGCUCUGUCACAAUGACCUGCUCUGCAAGAACAUCAUUCACAAUGCAAAGGAUGGUCAUGUUCGGUUUAUUGAUUAUGAAUACUCAAGUUACAACUACCAAGCAUUUGACAUUGGAAACCAUUUUAAUGAAUUUGCAGGCAUGAGUGAACCCGACUUUAACCUUUAUCCCAGUCGAGAAAUGCAGUUGGACUGGUUGCACACUUAUUUGCAGGCCUACAAGCUCUCUACCAAGAAAGGUGAAGAGGUGAGCCGGCAUGAACUGGAGACGCUCUACGUUCAGGUCAAUAAAUUUGCUCUGGCUUCACAUUUCUUCUGGGGUUUCUGGGCCCUGAUCCAAGCCAAGUACUCCACCAUCGAGUUUGACUUCCUCGGGUAUGCCGUGCUACGUUUCAAUCAGUACUUCAAGACCAAACCUGCUGUAAUGGCCCUGGAGAUCCCCAAAUGAGACGUCAAGAUUGAGAGGAGAGUGCUGGUAUCUGUUGACCUCAUCAUUGACCGUUUGACUAUGGAAUCAGAGGCCUUUUAGUCAGGGAAGGGUAUGGGGUGCAGCAGGGGUGAGCACUGGGACAUCUUAUGAUUAGCUGACAACUUGUCUGCCAAGUCGUAGUUCCACAAAUUCUUGAUUCCUUUUUCAAACACUAUGUUUCUCUUUGGGACUCAACUUUUAGUUGAUCUAGUUUCCCUUGAAAUGAGUGUGUUAUUUAUGUUUUAAUUAGAGAUUAUUUAUUAAUUAUUAUUGGGCACUUGUUUUUCACCAAAGUAGUCCUUGUGCUCUUGGAGCCAACUUUGCUUUGGGACUUCUUGUUAUGGGUUUUGCGGUGUGAGAGCCAUAGCAAACUUAUGCAGAAUUGGCUGCGAAGGAGGCCUGCUGUGAUGUUGAUAUUGUGGGCAUUGACUAACAGGAAACAUUCAACCUGUGGCAGCAUAAUGCUUAUCAAACGGAUGUGGCCCACCGUUGUUUCUUUUGCAAUGACAAAUGCUCAAAGUCCAAAAAAGUACAUUCAGCUUUAUCUUACUGUGCAGUUAUGGGGUUAUGUGUAAAAAUCUGGGCAAGUAAUACAAAAGUUUCUGUUUAAGAGCCAAAAGGGUUGACUUAGGAACUAAAUGGUUACCAAGGUCAAAAUCCUGCCCUGUUCUGCACUAUUACGCACUUGAGCAAAUGACUUAAACCCUGCAAUUAGUCCUCUGUAAGUCCCUUUGAUGAAUGACGUCAGCUAAAAGGCAAGUAACCAAGUAACCACUGAAGUCAAUGUGACCUCACUCCAGACAUUCCCAAGAAGUCAGGUCCACGAGACCCCUCAGUGUCUCAGCCACGUUUCCACCUAUUUAGCUUUUAAUGGUUGUGAGGAGUUCUGUUGAAUUUUCCACUCAUCACAGGCUGUGGUGUAUUACCACCUGCCUCCCUCUUUCCCCUCCUUCUCUCGCUCUCUGUCCUAAAUGCGUUUGCAUCACCUGGCAGAGCUCAAACUGAGAUUUGAAAGUCAUUAUCUGCUCAAUGAUCACUAAGCUCAUUCCUAAUGUAACCCCACCAAACGUCAAUCUAAUGGUUUUCCAAAACUGGAAAAGGGGACAAUAUUUAUGUAACAGUGUUUUGUAGUUUGAUUCAAGUCACCAUCUGUGAGGACUCACUGUCCUGGACCAAAAAGGACAAGAUUAUUUAAGUUUAGAAUAUUAAUUGCAGAUUUAGGGAUGUAAUAGCCAUUUCAGUCAAUAAAUACCUGGACUGAUUGGUUAUGUGUGGUUUUCAAAGUCUUUUCAAACCAUUUUGAAUUGCAUUUAGUUUCAGUGCUGUUAAUCUAAAAUUCUCUCACCUACAAAAACGUAAUUUCACAUCUCCCAGUCUUUUGCUUUAUUUCAUUUCUUUGUCGCAUAUAUUAUACUUGCACUAUAAAAUGAUGUCCGUUUUUGUCUAAGUAAAACAUUUCAGUAGAAACUUGCUAAAGCCUCACAAAGCACAAAAUCAUCUGUUUAUUUUGUCAUGCAUAUUAAAAAUGCCAAGAAUUGCACCAUUUUGGUCACUCCAGCUGUAAAAUUGUACUGUAAAUUAGAAGUAGAAAGAUAUUUGUGGAAAUCUGUCAAGAAAAUGUCAGGCCAUAUACUCAGAAGAAAAAAAAGAAGAAGAUAUUUUUCCAAAGGAAAGUAAGCCUUUUUUACAACUGUUACUAUUAAUUGCAUUUAAAUAUUAUUUUCAUGACAAUUUGAGGAAAAAUUCUAAUUACUGUAUUACAUAAUUGAUAAUGCUGUGAAAAUUAUUAAGAAGUGUGAGAAAAAAUGUGGAGGCAUUAAAAGAACUUGGGGAGAGAAAUUAGCUAAAUUACGGAAAUGUCAGACUGGAAGAAAAUCAUAUUCUAUUAUCUUUUAAUGCAAAAUGUAAUUUCUUAAUUUUCCUCAUCACUUUUGCCAUAAAAUGUGACCUGAA